AUGGUUAAUGAACAAAGCGGCGUUCUUUCGGGAGAUAAUCCCUUGCGUGUUAACGUAUCUGAACCUCUAACACUCGCUAUUAUACAGGCAAAGUGUCCCAAAUUUGCUUACGGGAUAAAUCGAACUCAUCCGGCAGAUCCC